AUAUAUUUGAAUUAGAUAAUAAAGAAGAUAAUAGUUUAGAUAAUAGUAUUGAUAAUGAUUUUGAUAAUGAAUCAAGUGAUAGUUCUGAUAAUAAAUCAGAUAAUGAAUUAGAUGAUGAAUCAAAUGAUGAAUUAAAUAUUGAAUUGGAUAGUGAAUCAGAUAAUGAAUCGAAUGAUGAAUUAAAUAAUAAACUAGAGGAUGAAUUAAAUGAUGAAUUAGAUAGUGAUGAGUUAGAUGAUGAAUUAGAUAGUGAUGAGUUAGAUGAUGAAUUGUAUAAUAAAAUUUUAAAUAAUGAAACUAAUAAUUAUUUAGAUCAUAAUAAUUAUAAUAAUGAAUACUAUGAAAAUGAUUCUGAUAAUUUAAAAGAACAAAGUUUUGAUUUAUCUAUAGAUGAUAUUUCUGAAAAUGAUGAUUAUUUAGAAGAUUAUUUUAAAAAAAAAAUACAAUUAAAAAAUAAACUAAAAUUAUAA